AUGACAGACGCUGAAUGUCAGCGCUUUUUCGCGCUUUCGAAACGCGUCCCCAAGGAUGUGAAGCGGUACUGCGGGAUCUGCCGACAGCACGGUGUGAUGCUGGAGACCCGAGGGCAUACGUGUCAGUUCAAGGACUGCACCUGCAACAAGGUAGGCGCUGAUUUCAACAGCAUUUUUUUUUUUUGAAAUUUUGUAAUGCCUCUGUCACAUUAUUAGUUAUUUCAAAAUGUACAUGGACAUUUUUCGCUUUCGUAUAGUGCAUUUUGAACCUUUUCCCACACUUGUCGCCAAAGCACAAUGCAUUUUUUCCUUUUGCACCGUGCAAACCUCAAAAAAGCCGUUUGCACUGUGCAAAUUUCGUGCGCCGUCGCAACGACGUAGCUGACGCGAUAUUUUGCCGCACAGUGCAAAAGCCAAAAAAAUUGAACUGCACCGUGCAAAAUCAAGGUUUUUGUGCACGGUGCGGGCGGGACAAAUGUCCAUGCACUUUCUGAAAAUACUAAUACUACUGACAUUAUGCUGUGCAAGAAGGACAUCAUUUGCGCAAUGCAGUAAGCGCGACGAGCAAAAUUUACGGUGCACUGCGACCCCGCACAGUGCAAAAGAGUUGCUUUGAAAAGGGCAAUCGAAAGCACAGUGCGCCCUUUUUUCGCACCACGCCAAAUUUUUAUCGCGCGACACCUGGUCGCAACGCCGAAUUUAUGCGUUCUCACAGUGUGAAAACAUGUCAAGACUUUUUGGCUCGCCCUCCCACACAAUUUGAACCUCAUAAAAACAAGUUCCAUAGUCCACAAAGUCCCUCGAAUACGAAACCAUGGUCCUUGCCAACUCUCAAUGUACAACAUAAUUAGUUUUUUUUCAAUAGAAAAAAAUUUUGCUGCGAUUUCAAAAAAAGGCGUCGGACUUGGCAUGAGGUCCAAAAUUCGGCAUUUUAGUCAUCACGUUUUCCGAACUUUGCCUGUGGCAAGAUCUUCAGCACAUUUUCCUUUCAAAUCCCAAUUAUCGCGGGAUUCACGGGGUUUUCAACAUUCGAAAAAUCGAAGACAUUGAGAUUUUGUUUUCUCGAAGCCACGAGGUGCAAUUUAAUUGUAAAUGUAAAAGCCUUGGACGCGUAUGAAUUGGCCACAAAUUUAAAUUCUUCGGGGGUUGAAAAGCCUAGCCCUCUGCUACUGCUACCGCGGAUAACUAGGUGCAUUCUCUGAGUAAUACCCAAUUUAUGAUGCUUUUAGCACGAGCUGGCAGCGAGAAAAGGCCUUCAAAGGCUUCGUUCAUGUACGUUUAGUCUCGUGGGGCUACGGUAGCCUUUUGUUUUUUGGCUAAUAACAGCAAUAUUUUUGGGUAAUUACCGCAGCGCAUAGUGCCAAUGGUUCCGCGCUCCACCGGAUGCCGCUAGCAUCAUUCCCGGUGGCCAACGAUUAAUGAGGGGCGAUAGAGGCAGAGUUUCAAGAGUCAAGAGUGAUGAAACAUGAAUAACAAGCCAUAAUGGGAGAUAAACAAGAGGAAAUAGAUGGGGCAAGAGUUCAAUGUGCACUUGUUUUGAUGCAUUUGCCUGGAUAAUUGUGGCCUUCCAGAAAGUUGUCGUAUUUUUGAUGUAUUUUGGCGUUUGCACUGUGCGAAAAAAGCCAGGGUGCCAGCAACAGCCCAAAAAAAGCCUAUUGCACUGUGCAAAAAGCAGUUGCACAGUGCAAAGUGAACUUUUGUUUUCGCACAAUGCAUGUCGCAGAAAUCACUCCAGCAACUUUCUGGAAGGACUAUUAGUUAAAUUGGUGAGCGGGAAAUAACUAUGAAACAAAAGAAAGUUCAAAAAUAAAAAAAAUCCGUCCCUGGGCGAUGCAGACCUAUAGUGAAUAUAUCAUCUACAAGUGUAAAAAAAUUUAAUGCCCAAUUUCAUCUAAAAAGCCCAUAUUUUCAGUGUGAACUGGUCCGAACUCGCCGCCGCAUCAUGAGUCAACAAAUUCGCUUGCGCCGCGCGCAAGACAAGCGCUUUCAACGAACCAACGAGCCCGAAGAAGCGGACGUGGUGCCCAUCAAGCAGUGCAACGACGAGCUGCGCGCCACCAACCCCGAAGAGCUGUUGGGCGACGCCAAAUCCAUGUGCUACUUCUGCCAGAAGUGCAAGAAUCACAACAUUUUGGUGUGGAAGAAGCAGCACAAAAAGCAGUGCCCGUUCACGGACUGCAACUGCGAGAAGUGCGAUCUGAUCGAGACGCGCCGCCGACUGGAUCAGCACAUGAAGAAGCGGAGGACGGAGCUGUUGAAGCGCAAGAACCUGGACACGGCGAGUCCGGCGCACAGCAGCGACGACCGCAGCACCCCGAUCAGCGUGACCAGCGGAACGUCGGCGUCGCCAAAGAGCUUGAGAAUGGGUAGGUCGUCGACUAGUUUGAAAUAUCAGUCUGUCGGGAAAAUAUUCGAGUUUUUGGACAAAGAUUUGUCACGAAAUUCGUCAAAAAUUAUCGUGGUUUACUAUAAAUUAAACAUCGGUUCUGGGAAGUAAAUUGAAAAAUCCACAGUAGGCUGUCCCUUCAGGUGCUUUUGGCGUCGAAUUUAGACAUUUUUAUUAAACUUGAAUUCUUUAUAAUCAAUCGUAUAGUAUGACAUUUCCGACUUUUCAUAAUUUUUUUGGUCUGUCGGGAAAAUGAUGACCACAAUGCCAUCCUGUCGCUGAAAUGAAAAACAAUUUGAUUUUAUUGCGAUACAAUUCAUUUUCUCUUCAGCGAUGCAAUUUUCGCUGCGACAUAGUGCUCAUUAUUUAAAGGACAGACUGAUAUAGCAAACUUCGUCCCUUCCCCUUCAAAUUUCAUAAAUUUACAUUACUAAUUCCCACCAUCUUCAGAGAGCCUCACGCCCGAAAACCCCCCAACACUGAUUGCUCAACCCAAGCCCAUGAACCUCGAGGACACCUUCAUGAACAACAUGGCGCCCGCUUCGCUGUUCGAACCGCCACAACAGUCCUCGCAUAUCGUGCAAUACGUGCCGGUCUACAUUCCAGUCAGCUCGGUGGGAUGUCUGAGUCCGCCCGAGCCGGAGAAGCCCAAUCCGAAUCAGCUGUUGAACAAGCUGUUCAACAACUACGCCAUGGAGCAGCCGCGCGUCCAAGGCGACCUGUCCGCCCUCUUCAACAACCUGAACAACAUCAACGGCAUGAGCGCGAGUACGAGCGCGGUAUUCAACACGGUUAUGGAGCAGAAGCCGGUGUUCAGUCAGCCCGGCUUGUCCAACCUGAUGACUCAGAGCAUAAACUUGAAUGCCAACGCGAAUGUACCGAUGCUCCAAACCGGCAUGCUGGGCAACGGAAUGACGACUAAUAAUCAAUUGCAAUUCAACUGCGGCACGGUGACCUCAUUACGCGACCUCGAGCGACUCCUCUGUCUACAGCAUCAAAAUCAAAUGGCCUGA